AUGGAAGUUCAACGCAAAAGAAGCUUCAACACGACGAACACGGCCCACGAUUUCCGACAGGAGUACAAGGGAUCCGUGUGAGUUUGGUAAUAUUAUGUUUGGAAUUGGAUUUUUAUGAAUAUUUAUUGAAAAAGUUCAUCUUAAGGUUUAAGGCAAUUUAGGGCUUUCAGGCUCCUUGAGCCGUUUUUAAAUCUUUAAGUUGUUUAUUGAAGAUGGGAGAUUUUAUUAAUAUUAUUUUCAAGAAAAUUCAGGUCACUUAAGUAGCUUUAACUUUUUACAAAAAAAUUUUUCAGAAAAGUUGGAAUUUUUUUAAUUUUUGUUUUUCAUAGAAUUUUAGGUCCCUCCAGCCUUUUGAGGCGGUACAAAAAAAUUUUCAUAGUAUGAAUUUUUUUCUAAUAUUUAUAUUUAAGGAAAUUUAGAACUUUUAGGUCUUCUCAACCAUUCCAUAAGAAACCAUAAAAAUUUUUCAAAUUCUCCUGAAAUUCGUCAUGAUAUUAUAUUUUGAAACAAAUUCCUGGAAACUGCUCUAUUUCAAACUUCCCCACGCUCUCUUUUGGAUUUACAUUUUCCCGCCGAAAACCGCGUCGCGACCGCAACGCGUAUUAAGUUUUUUUUUUGAUUACUUGCCAAAUCGCCCGAAUAUUCAAAAAGAAGUGCUCUUUAGGAUUUUAUCUUUUCAUUUCUCAUUCAUCAUUUUUUCAGUCAGUGUUUGGUUUUUUCGAUAGUACGACAAAAUCCUAAGUCCGCAAAUCUUGAGUACCGUAAUCUCGUGUACGCAGAUCUCAAGUCCCAUGAUCUUGGAAACCACAAUCUUGGAAAGCAAAAAAAUCUUCUUUUUUUAGUCUUCUUUAUUGCACUUUAUCUACUUGUAUUCUCUUUUUUCUGAUCCAUGAAUACAAUUUCGGAUAAAAUCGAUUAGCAAAAGCUUUGAUUUUUGCUUUCCAAGGUUAUGGGACUUGAGAUCUGCGUACACAAGAUUACGGUCUUCAAGAUUUGCGGGCUUGAGAUUUUGACGUACCAUCGUUUUUUAUUCUUCAUUUCAAAUAUUUUGUCUAACUAAAGAUAUUUCAAGACUGGAGAGCAAGUUUCGGAGCGCCAAGAAGCCUGAACGGAACGCUUUCCGGUCUCUAGCCGAUUGGAUCCUCGCCAAGGCGUCCUACUUGAGAUCCGCCAAGCCGAAGCCUUUCCCGACCUCGAUGAACGUCUUCAACUCGACGCCUUCGGAUUUCGAGGUUUUCGAUCUGAUAUGGAUGUCCGAAACUGGAGUCUUUUUAAGAUUCACUGAAGGUCUAAAAAGGCGCCAAGGGGUUUAAAAUGCCCUAAAUAGAUAUCUUGAAGUGCAAAAAAUAAAUAAUCUACCUCUAAUUUCAGGAUUUAGCUUUUUUUUUCCUUUUUAGAGUUUGAAUUUAAAGAAAAGUGAAAAUCUCAAUGGAGCGCAAUUAAUAAAGAAAAUUGAGCUUUGAUAGUUUUAAAGGCUAUUUUUUGCUUUUCAUAUGAUUUUUUUUUUCAAGUUCUUCUAUUGAGGAAGAGAGCUUCUGGGUUCGAAUAAACACAUUGAAUGGUCGAAACUCCGUCUGUGAACUUUAGAAUUUAUCAACAGUGCGCGAUUGCUCAAAUUUAUUGAGCUCAUUCUCUGCUAGUUUAGGACCACACUUUUCAGUUUCGAAAAUUUGCUUUAAAAAUAAAUACUUAUCAAUGAAGAUCAUCCUUCCCAGAUAAUUUAGCCCUUCAUGAUCUUUCUUCAUCAAAUUUUCCAUUUUUCUUAGCUCUAUCAAUCAUUCUACUGAAACUAUAAUUAAUUGCCAAAAACCUCAUUGAUAAGGGGAAAGAUCACGUGAAGGAGCGACAGACCCCAUAAUGAUGACCUCAGCUGUCGAGAUUACACUGAUGAAAAGAAAAAUUGAACGAAAUUUGGUGUAAAGAGACGAAAACACGAGCUGUGUCGAGCUCAAAGUACAUACGAAUGAUUUUACGAAGCAGUUGUUUUUGGAUUUUAGAACUAUGACGUCAAAGUUAAUCUUUCAAAUGACGUCAUUGAUGAGCUUGAUUGGCAGGAAUGAUAAAAAUAAAGUAUAGUUUUGAGAGGAUUAUAAUUCGAUUGAAUUUGAGAUAAAGGUGCCAGUCAUAAGCCAGUGAAACAAGAUCUUGAGGGAAAAACAGGGACAAAAAAUGUCAACUUGAAUGAUUGGAUUUUUCAGAAGUUGCCCAACGAGUUGGUCUGCCAAAUCUUUGGCGAAUGCGACGCGACGACGCUGCUCAGUUGCCGAAGGGUUUGUCGGCGAUUCAGCGAUGUCGUCGACUACAUCGACCCCGCUGCACCCGUCGUGGUGAGUUACUACCUGGAAAUUAGUAUCUCCCUACCUUCUCAAACGUUAUAUCAUUGUCAGAAAUCUGCCUUUCAACUGAACCUUUUUCCCUUGCAGCUGUCUCGCCUCGUUCUGACCGGUCAACCCAAAAAAGGCUUGGAGAUGCGUUGGGUGACCUACGAAGGACAACGGACCAAGGCGGUCACCGUAACCGCCUCUGAGAUUCGCAAUGGAGCGAGCUUCGGCUUCAACUUUGAGCGCUUCGUUGUCCAGAGAAUCAUCAUCAAGGUGAUACAUUGUUAUAAUGGCUGGGCGCUAUUUCUUUCCUAUCGUGUCAAGGCCCUUAUUUGAUUGAUUAAUUUAGAAAGCAGAGCCUAUCCAAAUAUAGUCCAAUUUUUAGAAUGAUUCUUCUAUUUCCAGGACAUCGUCCUAACCGACGACUUUGUCGACUUCCUCCGCCACCAACUCCAAUACUCGGACCUGAGCCAGCUCGUCCAGCUGAGCCUGAACAACGUCGACUUCUCGGCGGCCAACUCCCUCACCCUCCACCGACUUCUGGCCGGCCUCGCCAAGCACCUGGAGUUGUUCGAAGUGACGGGCGGCUUCGGAAUGCGAGCCGAUUCCGUCACCGACGCCCAUCUCGGACAGUUGGACGCUACGCGCGUUCGAAGAAUCUCCAUCGACGGGGUCCGCUUCGGCAGCCGCUGCAAGGCGCUGCGAGUCGGCGACGCGUCGCUGCGACUUUUCGCCGCGAGUCGCAGCUUCCCGACCUUGAUCCUGGAUCGUUGCGCCGUCACUACGAGGAGUGUCUGCGAUUACACUCAGGUGAUUAAUUUUUCGGGUAAUUUAUCAAUGAGUUGAUAAAAGUAUCUUUUUUUUCAUCUUUUUGCAAGCAUUUUCGGCCUAUAUAAAUCAGAAAAACGAUCCGAACUUCUGAAAUUUUACUUCUAAUGAUUUUUAGGAACAAAAAUUCCAAAAUCGGAAAAGCAACAAAAUAAUUGAAGGAAUGAGUUUUGUAGUGGACCGAUUCGGAAGUUUAACAUUGAAAAAAUAAAUAGCGACAAAUAUUAGGAACUUUUGCGCUCCAUGGCUAAUUUUUCAAGCAGAUUAGGAAGAAAAAGGCUCAGACCUCGGUAACGAAACCCGGAGUGGAUCCGGACGUUUCUGGGCAUUCCAAGGGAUCACUUAAGAGUUCGGACGCUACUCAAGUGGUCCCUAGAAAUGCCCCGACACGUCCGAUUCGUCUUACCGAUGUUCGAGCGAUAGUGCAACGGAUAAUUUUACGACAAGUGGAACUUUCCCUAAUCGAAAUCAGUUUUUGAAACGAAUUAUCUCCGUCUCACUGUUUAAAGAUCAAUUUCAAGUCCUUCUACAUUUCCAGGAAUGGUUCGAGCAGCGUGCCGAGACCGAGAAGCAGCUCCGUUCGCAGGUCUGCACCGUGAAACGAUGCCCCGGCGUCAAAGGGAGCGCGUUCGCGGCUGAGUGCCAGCGUCGCGGUCUCCAGUGUCGCGACCGUCGCGCCAGCGGAACCCUCACCCUCUACAACAUCCACGAGGGCGACGCCGACUUCAAACGCGAGUUCACAGUCGCGCUCGCCGCCGUCGCGUCCCAAGACGACGAGUCGCCGGCGAAGCCACAGCCUGUAGAAGCAGCCCCCGUUUUGGCUGCCUGA